GGAUCUAUGUCACAAAAUGAAACUAGUACAACUACAAGACAAGCAGCUGGGAAAUAUCCUUCAUUUUAAGAAUUUUCAGAACUUCCGGUAGUAGUAGUAGUAGUUUCUGUUUUGUGCUAUUUGCCUCUUUCUAUUUGGCCACUAUCAAUUAUGAAUCAUCCCUAUGUGCAAAUUCAAUAAAGAAUGAAUGAUGAAAAAGAAUUCAUACACUCCUCUUACCAUUCAUAACAACAAGUUCUUGUUUUUUUGUCUGUGGGUUUGACUGCAACUUGGAAAUGUAAGUUUAGUUAGGUAAGGCUCGGUCUUCUUAUGAUGUAGGACAGUCUGGUAAGGGCAACCUUGUAAUAUCACAGAUGAGUGCCAGGCGAUAGCAGACAAACUUCUAUAAUGAUCAAAAUUUCCAAGCUUUCCAUAAAGCAUUCUCCUCUCAAAGCCAGGGCAAGGGCCUUCAACUUUUGACAAAGAUGGAAGGGCAAAAUCCUCAACAUGGGCAAUUUGUUGAAAUAAGCGUGGAUGUUGCUGAUGGGGAAAGGAGUGUUGUAGGGAGUAAGAUUUGUGGGGAUACACCUUGUGGAUUUUCCGAUGCUGGUACUAACUCUAAAGAUGCUGAAGAACGAUCAGCUUCCAUGCGCAAGCUUUUCAUUGCUGUGGCACUUUGCAUCAUCUUCAUGAGUGUAGAAGUGGUGGGUGGCAUCAAAGCCAAUAGUCUGGCAAUAUUAACUGAUGCAGCACAUUUGCUGUCAGAUGUUGCAGCUUUUGCCAUCUCCUUGUUUUCGUUAUGGGCAGCUGGUUGGGAAGCCAAUCCCCGGCAAUCUUAUGGAUUUUUUAGGAUUGAGAUUCUUGGGACCUUGGUAUCCAUCCAAAUGAUAUGGUUGCUUGCAGGAAUUUUAGUAUAUGAAGCCAUUGUUAGACUCAUUAAUAACACGGGUGAGGUGAAUGGAUUUCUAAUGUUUCUUGUUGCUGCUUUUGGAUUAGUGGUUAAUGUUAUCAUGGCUCUCUUAUUGGGUCAUGAUCACGGUCAUGGCCAUGGCCAUAGCCACGGUAAUCACAGUCAUGGUACUGGUCACAGUCACGGAGUGAGCAUUACCACGCACCAUUACCACAAGGGACACUCCACAGGAGAACACCACCACCAGCAUCAUGAGGAGCACUCCAAGACUGAACACUACCAUUAUCAUGAUGAUGCAGAGCGCACCAAAGAUGAGCAACACCAUGGUCACGAAGAUCAGUCAGAGCCGCUGCUCAAUAAGCCAAAGAAACAAAGGAAUAUAAAUGUCCAGGGUGCUUAUCUUCAUGUACUGGGGGAUUCCAUUCAAAGUAUUGGAGUGAUGAUCGGAGGGGCAAUCAUAUGGUAUAAGCCCAAAUGGAAAAUAGUUGAUCUGAUUUGCACGCUAAUAUUUUCAGUUGUUGUUUUGGGGACUACGAUAAAAAUGUUGCGGAGCAUACUUGAAGUGCUAAUGGAGAGUACACCUAGAGAGAUUGAUGCAACAAAGCUGGAAAGGGGGCUAUUGGAUAUGGGGGAUGUGGUAGCCAUUCACGAGCUGCAUAUAUGGGCCAUUACUGUGGGGAAGGUCCUGUUGGCUUGCCAUGUCAAAAUAAGGCCAGAAGCAGAUGCAGACAUAGUCUUAGACAAUGUAGUAGAAUAUAUCAGAAGGGAGUAUAAUAUCAGUCAUGUUACCAUUCAGAUAGAGCGUUAAUGGAAGGGAAGAAUUUAGAGCAUGCUUGGCCUCAUUAUCCUCUCUUUUGAAAAGCUUUUUACAUCCCAAGUAUUAAACAUUAUAUAUACAGGUGGCGACAUAUAGCUAACGUUUUUCUUGUUAGCACAUGAUUUUCUGCUUAGUAGUCCAUUCCAAGAUUUAAUCAGUAGAUAUUAUGUAACUUUCGUUUGUGGAAUCAUUUCUUUCGGUCCAUUUCAUGUUUAUUACCAUUUUAGUUUGAUAGAUGCAUGCAUAUCUCUCUUCUCAAGGGAAAAGUUUUCAUCAUGCUGUGAAAGAAAACUAGCAAUUUUAACCAACACAGGUUCAUAUCAACGGUCUCCAAUAAUUGGGGUCUACCACCAACUAAAAUUUUGCGUCACAGGGGUCAUGAAAUGAUGGGCAAGCACCUGGUCCGUGAACACACCUAUUCAGUUACCAUGAACAGAUUGACAUGUGAUGUUGGGAGGUGGGGGCACCGGCAUCCUCUCACUCAUUCUGCAUAACCUUGAGAUUUCCCUCAUACCCUCGCAAAAUUUUCUCCAAAAUGCGUCCGACAGCCCCUUUACAUCUAAAACCUGUCGUGGUUACUUGCGAAUGCGCUGAAGAAGCCAGUCAUGUAGAUAAAAUGAAGAUGAAAUGAAAUU